AUGAGGGCAUUAAUGAUGGUGUUGUCUUUACCCAGUCAUGAUGAGGGCAUUAAUGAUGGUUGUCAUUACCCAGUCAUGGAUUACCACAAGCCAGAGGAGUGUUCAGUCUGUCUUAUCAGUUUUGAUGAUGAUGUACGGCCUCGCUCACUGCCGUGUGGGCACAAAUUCUGCUCCCAGUGUGUUAACAAAGCUAUUAAGAAUGGUCAGCUGGCGUGUCCCAUUUGCCGCACCCAGCACAGUGCCCCGGCUGCUUCUCGGUUCCCUAUAAAUUAUGGUAUGGAGGCCUUUGUUAGGAAACUAAAACACGACGAGCUUAUGGCAAUGGGAUCUCAAACUGGAGUCGCCAGGAAGAAGUUGCGUUCUGUGGUGAAGGAGCAGAAGAGCAGCAUCAGCAGCGUCAUUAUUGAGUGUGAGGAGGUACUGUCCCAACUGGGUGAAUACCGGGGACAGCUAAAUGACUGGAAGACUCGACACCUUCAACUCCAGGAGAGACUGGUAGAGCAGAACAAGGCCGUAAUGAAGCUCUUAGAACAGGAGGAUGACUGCGUGGUGACUAUGACAUCACGGGGAGAGGAAGAGAAGACUCGGCUGCAGGCCAUGUUGGUGAACCUUGACACAGUCAACGCUAUAGACAACGCCGACACAAUCAUAGACGCAGCUGAGAAGUGCAAUGUGGAGGUACAACAUUGGUCCCAGAAGUGCCAGGCUCUCUUCCCGGAUGUCAACACUGUGCACACCUCAGUGAAGGUGCAGGAGACCAUCAGGAAGGCCCUGGAUAUUAUGAUGACCACAGCGGCAGGUACAACAGCAGGUCCCGUUCACCUGGGAGACUCAGCCAACAACAUCAUGAGUAAAGUUCAAGAUAUCACUGGAGAGAUCAUGAAGCAAAUAACU